ACGGAAGUACUUUGAUGUUCCGCGGAAGCGGAAGCGCGCGUCCUUGAAGAAUUAUGGCGGCGCUGGUGAGAGUCGUGAAGCACCCAGCUGGAGUACCUCGGUGGAUUGCAAUAUGUAGCGGAUUGAUACAAAAUACAUUCGCUCAACCACAGUGGGGCAGGAUGCUCCAUGGCACUCUCCAGAAACAUAAGAAUGGUCGGUCACAACUUACCAGAGUGUGCUGUGAAUUAAUACAAACCACUGGUACAAUAAAACAGUCCAAUAGAACACUUCAUCAUACAAAGAAGUUGUUUACAGCCAAAGAUUCCCCGCAGCCAUCAGAAGAGAAAGUUGGCGCAUUCACUAGAAUAAUAGAAGCAAUGGGUUUCACAGGACCAUUGAAAUAUAAGAAAUGGAAAAUUAAAAUAGCAGCACUGCGCAUGUACACAUGUUGUGUGGAAAAAACAGACUAUGAAGAAUUCUUUAACACAUUUCAGAUGCCUGACACGUUGAACUCUUGGUUUUUAGUAGCUCAGCUUCAUGUCUGGAUGUGUUUAGUACGAAUGAAGCAAGAGGGCCGAGCAGGGAAAUAUAUGUGUCGCUAUAUAGUUCAUUCUAUGUGGGAAGAUGUUGAACAACGUGGAAGAGUCAUGGGGAUUGAUUCUGUUGCUCGGAAAGAAAGUAUGAGAAGCAUGGCAGAAAUUUUCUAUGCAGCUAUUUUUGGAUAUGAUGAGGGAAUUUUAUCAGAUGAUCAUGUGCUUGCAGCAGCCAUCUGGAGAAAUCUAUUUAAUAAAAACUGCGAUGAUCCAAGGAAACUGGAAAUGAUGGUUGAAUAUGUGCGCAAACAGGUGCAGCACCUAGACGCUAUGCCUGGAGAAGACCUGCUGUUAUCUGGUGAAGUGACUUGGCGCCCCCUUGUGGAAACCAAUGCACAAAGCAUUGUGAAGCCUUCUUCUCCAACAUACAAUGAUGAAGGACUCUGAAAGCCGGCUUGAAAAUGUUUGCUGCCAACGAUGUGUUAUCUUUAUAUGUGGAACAAUUUCAGGAAGUGACUUGACUUAAACUUUUGGCUCCCUAGGGAGAAAGAAUAAAUGCUGUAAAUGCUAUUGGAAAGAGUGAUUUAAAAAUUUCCCUCUUUUGUAUUUUGUAAGUAUUCCCACCUUAGUAAACCUGAAUGUGCUAUUUUAAUAUUAUAUUUGUAGUUAAAUGCUGCUAAUUCAUAUGAGGAAGACUUCCCCAACCUGAUAUCCUCCAGAAGUAUUGGGUCUGCAAUUUGCAUCAUCCCCUGCCAGCAUAGCAGUUGGCCGUGCUGGGUGGUAAAGGUGAGAGAGUGGGUUGGGCAAGUUUGAUUUGGGAAAUCCCUCACGGUUACAUUAUCCAGUCAUCCCAUCGUGCUGGUUCUCAGAGGGAACUUUCAUUUUUGGGGAGCAAGCCAGUUUACCAAAGUGCAAGCAAGCUGUCUUUUGUCUAGUAAGAAGAGAUCAGCUGCUUAAAUGUUAUGAUUCUUUCUUCUGUGAAGCUGGUAAAUACAACCAUGGAUGUGAGAAAUCUUUUUGUACAAGUAUUGUGUGUCUCAGGGCAAAUGCAAUUUUGGAACUGUAACUCUUAAAAAUGAUUGAGGUACCCAAAAAGAAUGUUGACAGUUUCCCAUCUGAGGGCAGCUUGAAGCAUGAGACAGGUGUGAAGGCCAGCUCCUGCGCUUGUCCUGGUGACACAGGAGCAGAGAGUAUUUGCUAGAGGCACAACUUGAGGGGCAAAUUAAGUGUCUUUUUGCAUUUAGCUGUGGUUUUAAAGAUGCAAAUAGCAUCAGUUGGGAGGAGCCCUAUGAUUGAACAACAGCAGGUACAAAGUGUGUGUGUGUUGGGGGUGGGGGGAGAAUAGUUUUUUUCACUUGCUGUGGUCCCCAGGGAAAAUCCCUUUUCUGAAGCUAGAAUAGCGACUUCAGAGAGGAAGGAUAUUUCUUAGGAUUGCAGCAGCAGAGGAAGGGUUAACUUGAUGUGCUCUCAGUAAUUAUUAGCCUUCUCAGCUGAUGGUAUUUGCAUGAAUUACAUCCUUCUAUGUUAAAUGCAACACCCAUUUAAUAUCCUGGUCUAGUGUGGGCCUCAGGCUGUGCCUACAAACCAGUUUUCACCCUGCUGUUACUGUCUUCCUGUUAGGCUCUGAACACUUUACAGUAUGAGUAACGUUUCCGAGUCGUGGGUUUGUUUCGCCCAGGUCAUCUCCUUUCGAAAUAGUGACUCAGGAUCAAUAUAGCCAACUGAUGGUUUCUUUAGCUUGCUUACCAAAUGCUGUCUUCCCUUCAGAACGAUCCCGAUACAUUAUACAAACUAGGCCAUAAGUUCUUUUUAGAAGCAGAACCUUGUUCCUCAUGGUCAAAAUUGUAACCUGAGAUACAGUUGUCUUGUUUUCCAUACCAUGUAAUGCCUUUGAACAGUUGGGAGAACAGUUUGGUCUUAAUAAAUGUACUGAAAAGCAA